UGAAAAUUACCCACUUGAAUCCGAAGAAAGUUCUGAUGUGAGGACAACAAAAGGACAUUCGCCAUGGCUAGAGCAGAUGCAGUGGGGAGUGUAGUUCCAGAGCAGCCCCCUCUCUCCCUCCCUUCCAUCCCAGGAUCGGAGCCUGGAGCCUGGGCCACUGCCAUGAAUAACCUGGGCAUCGUCCCCAUGGGGCUCAGCACACAGCAGCUCAUAUCAGAGCCGUUGUGUCUGCAGCGCUUCGACCCUGCUCUGGGCCUCCUGACGCCCCUGAACCCCCUGAUGGGCCUGGGUCUGGUCCACAGUCCUGGUCCUGGUCCAGAUGUCCCUGUGGUCAAAGAGAUCAUCCACUGCAAGAACUGCACCCUGUUUCCCCAGAACCCCAAUCUUCCCCCUCCAUCAACUCGAGAGCGCCCCCCAGGCUGCAGGACAGUGUUUGUGGGUGGGUUACCAGAGAACGCCACAGAGGAGGUGAUCAGAGAAGUGUUUGACCAGUGCGGAGAAAUCAUGGCCAUUCGCAAGAGCAAAAAGAACUUCUGUCACAUCCGCUUCACCGAGGAGUUCAUGGUGGACAAGGCCCUCUACCUCUCAGGUUACCGAAUGCGUAUUGGCUCCAGCACAGAUAAAAAGGACUCUGGUAAGAUCCACGUUGACUUCGCCCAGGCGCGGGACGACCUGUACGAAUGGGAGUGUAAGCAGAGACUGUGGGCCCGAGAGGAGAGGCACAGACAGAGGGUCCAGGAGCAGCUGCUGAGACCCCCCUCACCCCCUCCCAUAGUGCACUACUCUGAGCACGAGGCCAGUGUGCUCGCAGAGAGGCUCAAAGAUGACCAUAAAUUCAGCGAUGCCACGGCAGUUUUGUUCACGUGGAUCGAACGCGGUGAAGUGAACAGGAGAAACGCCAAUCACUUUUACUCCAUGAUCCAGUCGACCAACAGUCACGUGAGACAGCUGAUCACAGAGAAGACGCAGAGCGAAGAGGAGCUGGAGAGGGCCAAGGAGACGUUCAAGAAUGCACUGCUCUCCAUCCUCAAUCAAUUUGAGCAAAUCUGUGGAGUGUUUUCUGCUGCGUCUAAACAAAAGGCCUGGGACCACUUCACGAAAGCUCAGCGCAAAAAUAUCGAGAUUUGGAGGAAGCAGUGUGAGGAGCUGAGGAAUGCCCACAGUGAGGAGGUGAUGGGGAUUAGAAGAGAAGAGGAGAUGGAAAUGUCUGAUGAAGAAGACACAGAACAUCUGUGUAAAAGGAUCUGUACGGAGCAAAAUGGUGUGCAGAGCCAGGCCUCUCUGUGUGAAGAGAACGACUCCCUCCGGUGGCAGCUCGACGCAUACCGGAACGAAGUGGAUCUACUGAGGAGGGAGAGUCGAGCCAGGGGACCCGAGGAGGACCAGGCACUCAACCAGGGACUCAACCAGGGACUAGGACUAAACCAGAACCACGUACCUAACCAGGGAAUGAACCAGGGACUGAACCAGGGGUCAAACAGUGCAGAGGCUCAGAUACAUCAGCUGCAGAAAAACAUGAACCAAUUGCAACAGCAGUUGCUGAGUCUCCAGGAGCAGCUGAGGAGCAGAGAGGAUGAGCUAGAGUCAGCCAGAGAGGAGCAGAGGGUCCUGGAGAGAGAAGUCUACAGUCUAACAGAUAAGCUUCUGAAUAACAAUGUGGAGACUGUGGAAAGCACCAGCUCUGAGCUCCAGGACAAGGUGGUGAGCGGCUGUGUCCCGUGUGUGUGCCCGAGCAGAGAGCGCAGAGGAGAGGGGAGGAGAGGAGGCAUCGUGUCCGAGAGAGAGGCCCUGCUCCUGGGUGUGAUGUCCACCUUCCUCCACGUCCAUCCGUUUGGGGCUAACUUGGAGUACCUGUGGUCUUACAUACAAAGACUGGACUCUAAGGUGACGGCAGGCGAGUUGGAACGUCUGAUGCUGCGCCUUCCCUCCAUGUUCAGGCAGGAGCUCAGCGGAGUCGGGGCCAAUCUGGAGAAACGAUGGAAGUUCUGCGGCUUCGAUACUUUGGGAUCACCAUGACGACAAACUCACGCACACACCAAACGGACUCAAUAUGAACUAUUAAUGAACUACAGAGAGGUGUGUGCGGGGUUUAAGAGAGACUGAGGAUUCUGCGGGAGUCAAAGUGAUAUCAUGAUCUUGGAGUUUAUUUAAAGAUGCACUAUGUGACAUCUGUGG